CUGAUUCAUAACGAAUUGCAGUUAGUUACAUAAUAUAUAUUUCUUGGUCAAGGCUGAGAGCUGGUCAGCAGUCAGUGUGUCAGCGAAAGGUCAGCAGUAGCAGUCACUGUAAUCAAGAAAAAUGGUGGUUGCCAUAGUAACUCUCACUAGCUUUCUGACGUUAUGGAUCAAGUGUGAAACCUUUGUAGUUCCCAAAAGUGACAGAGGUAUAACAGUCCUUUACAGCACCAAUUGUGACAUCACUAACGAGCCUAUCAUACCAGAGAGCAAGAAGCAAAAUAGUUUACAGAGCCAAGAACAUUCAGAGUUGUAUGCAAGAACUGAAGCCAAGGUAUAUGCCAUCACUACAACAAUAGUACCACAUUGCCUACAAUGCUUUAGUGAAAAGGAAGGUAUAUCUGAACACACAAUCAGUAAUUCAAAACCACUGCUAACUAAUUCAUCAAACACUGAAGAACCAUUUACCAAGUUGCAGCAGAAAUGCAAACAAAAUACUCAGUGCAGAGAUGAACUUAAAGAACAGUAUGCAAGUGAUCACAAACACAAUUCUUUUACUAUAACAAAUAUAGCCAAAGGCCAGCAUGUAGGAGACAAAUAUGUUAGAUCACAAUUUAUCUCAGAAAGUCAACCUAAUAUGGUCACUAAACAGGCAGUACAUAAUAAAGAUAAAGUAUACACGUAUAGCUCCCAUGAUUUUUUCUCUGGUAGUCAUGACAACAUUGAAAGAAGGGAGGCCAGUUUUCUAGGUCAAAGACAAACCAAGAAUGAUGCACGCCUUGCUGAAACCCUCGCUGGCAGAGAUAAAAGAAACACAAGAUUAGGCAAGGAAAAGCAACUUUCUGAUAAUCAACAAGACAAUGAAGCGCAUGAACAUCCAGAAAUUUUUGUUGCAAGAAGUGAUAUGGAUCAUCACAAGAAAUUUAACGUUCUUGGCGUACUGUAUUCUCUAGUGUCGUAUGCUGCAAAUGAUGAGUAUGAGCAAAUUAGAUUGGUAGAAGACAUGAAUUGGCCUAACAGUAAUAUAGAGCUUAACAAUUACAGAAAGGCUGAUGUACUUGGCACACUGUAUUCUUUAGUGUCAUAUGUAGCAAAUCAAAAAUUUGAACACAAUGAUGAAGUUAAAUUACAUGAUACAGGGUAUUUUGAGGAACAAAACACGGAGAAACAAAUGAAACAGGACGUUCCAACUAAUUCACUGAACCUAAUCUCUCUCACCAGCCAGUCUGAAAAUGCUAAAGUUGUUCGUCAGACAGAACAACUUGCUGACAAUAAGAUGAAUGAUAAAACAAGUUCGCCUCUAAAUGAAAAUGAAGGGUCUGGUGUAAUUACAGCAUUCAGUGGUUAUUUAAACAGUUACGGCUGGAGAGGUUAUUUGAUAUUAUCUGCCUCAAUUGUAAUAUUCUUGACAUUACUAUUAUUCUCUGCAAGUUGUCUAGCAAGAGCCUAUAGUCGGCAAACAAACUGGAAGCAAUUAACAAUGUUUAAGACCUCAAAACAUCCUGCACCCCUGUAGCUGUAUAAAGCAUAAUUUUAAUAUAAAAUUAUUGCAAAAUAUAAUUAGUGAACAAUUAAUGUAGGCUUCCUAAGUCAACUGUGCAUUGAUAGAACAAUUAAAUUACCUGUGCAUGAAAGUAUGUACAGCAUACAUUGUUUAAUAACAGAAUAAAAUAGUCAUUUUCUUAAAUAUUCUUGGAUACAUUUGUGAAUUAUCAUAAACAUUAUGAUUUGGGGUGAACCUUUCAAAGGUUUAAAUCUCUUAUUAGGAUUUGUGUGAAUAAAAAAAAGUUACUU